GGCGUCGUUAGGUCGGCAGUGAAUGAGACCAUUGAUAAAUGGCCCCUUAAUCGAGCCGAACGAGCCCUGGACGCCCGUGACUCGAAGGACCGGGAUAUCCGGCUCCGUCUGCUUCUUGAGUUCAUCAAAGUCUUCUUUUACUUGUCGGUGCCUGUGAUUGCCGUCCUCUUGAUCAGUUUGCCUAGCUUCUCACAAUGGGUGCGCGACUACGAACGUCUCGCCUGGUAUAACGAUACUGGGGUAUGA